AUGGCCCGGGAGCAAGCACUGGCUAUAUGGGGUCAGCUCAGCAUGAGUGCCGAGGAGCAUAGAAGAAGGAUGCUGACACAAACUAUGCACAGCAGCACCUUGAGGGCAGCCAUUUUAGCACGCAAGCUCACCAAACAACAGGUCCAUCUGUUGAGAAGUGUUGGUGUCAGUGAUGGAGUCGAGUACAGUGUGGCAGUUUCUUUGCCAGCGCACUUUAAAUUACCUACAUCUGUUACAAUGCCUAUAAGAAAAGACUCUAAGAUACAACUGGAAGAUAAUCCUGCAGAGCUGUAUCACAUCACUAUAACUUCAGAAUGUUUAUAUUUCUCCUUCAAUUGUUCUUCCUCUCCUGCUUGUGUCUCUUCCUCUCUCAACUCGGUAGAAAAUGAAUGUUUGGAAAUCCCAUUUCAAUUCAAAGCGGACUCUGCAGGACAAUUUACGUGUCAGCUGAGCUUGAGGUCUUGGUGGGAUACUUGGGUGUACCUGCUGGUGGUGCUGGCGACUCCACAGGGCAAGCUCUCCAUAUAUAAUGACCAUGAAGGAACCAAGCCCAUGUUGACCCUCAGAGGAAUAGGAGAGCACCGCCUGCCUGUGGACCACGUGGUAUUACACUGCACUGUCGGGCAGACAACAACCACACAGCUCAUUGUCCCCAACUUUACCCAGAAUAAACUGGCCCUUCAGGUGAUGACAGACCUGUCUGUUGUGAGUGGUUCACCCUCCCUGAUGAUCAAACCUGGCUGUAAUACUCCGUAUUCCCUGGCUGUGUCACCUUGGAAGCGAGGAAAGCACUCAGGUGAUUAUUCUCUCUCUCUGUUUGUGAUUGUGUCAGGUGUGAACGAAUGA